UCCUAAAACAGACGCGUCUGGAAAAUUCAAAAAAGUUAUGAAGUGUACCAUUGCCAAUUUGUGCGUUUGGUAAGGUUGUUUUGAUUUUACAAAGAAUGUUUUCAAGGAGAUGAUGGAACGCUUUUUUCUUCGUGUUCUUAUUCGAUUUUAAGAUACAAAAUUUCAGAAUGGAUGUGCCAGAAGCUCCAUGUAAUUCCCAUGGUACACUGAAGAGGAAGCACUCUGCAUCAGAUACAACUCCAAAAAUCCAAGGUCCCAUAGCAACAAUAGAUUUAAAAGGCCCAUUAAAAGGAGAAUAUGGGAAAACAGCUUGUUUGGUGGCUAAAUGCAAUAUUGGAACACUUGAUGCUUCCUACUUUGCUGCCAAGUGGCAGUUCAUUAAAAAAGGGAAAAUUGAAGAUUUAGAUUUAUCAUUAGAUAAAUUUAAUGGCAGUUCUACAGACCUUAAGAAAGCAAGACUUAUAAUAAAAGACACACAACCUGCUGACAAAGGAACUUAUCAGUUUCUCUUAUACAGAGACAAUCAUUACAUCAGCAGUCAGUUUGUGCUUAAUGUGCACAUGAAACUAGAUGAAAAAAACAAAAUACGUUAUAAACUCCUGAAUGAUAAGGGAACAGAAGCAUUGAAGACUUAUUUUGAUACACAUGUUCCACCUGGCCAACUUAGUGUGCAUCUUUUAAAAUACAAAAGUGACUUGAAAUUUAAGUGGGAUUGUAAAUAUCAUCAAAUGAAGAUUCUAUUUCCAGUAGGCAAAGCAGUAUCAUCAAAUGAAUUUGAUAUUAGCUUGCUUUACAAAUUAUGUAGAAACACAUUAGUACUUCCUCCACCACAGCAAGGAUGGAAUGUUUGGCCAAAUCCUGGUGAUUUAACUGAAUCAGAUGACAUUGAAAGGAUACACCAACACAGAAAUAAGUUCUCUCAUAUGGGACAAGAAAAGAUAAAAAAUUUCAAUAAGGAAUUUAAAGAUUUAUCAGAGGCUUUAGUUAGACUUGGAGGUAAAAGAUUCAAGCAGGAAGUUAAAAGAAUUAAGAAUUUAAAAAUUGAUGAUGAGGAGAACAUCAGAAUUCAAAAUAUCGAAGAUACUACAUCACAGUCACUGGAGAUCCUUCAAAGUAUAAAAAAGAAGACUGAAGAAACUAGAACCAGAAAAAGCAGUAGAAUAGAGUCACCAUUUUUAUUGUGUAAACUUUAUAAGCAAAGAAUAUGCAAAGAAUGUGGUGGAAAAUUUGACAGGCCAAUAAGACCUCCAAAGGAUUUUGUUUUCAGAAGACAUAUACCAAAAGAUUAUUUUUCUGUUGGACAAAGACAAUUACGUUUUAUUAAAGUACACUAUCAUGUUGAGUGUGUUGAUGACAAAGAAAGCAUUUGCAAAAUUCCACCAAAAGAAGGAAUCAGUCUUUCAAAAGCACACUUAGAAUAUUUUGAAAGUUUAGGGCAUCACAGUUUGUGUGAAUGGGCUAAAAAGUUAGAUCUUAUUACUGCUUGACUGUUGUGAACAACCAUAAUGCUGUGAAAUCUUAAAUUUAAGUAUCUAGUCAUAAACAAUGAAACCCCAGUAUGGUGUAAAUCUAAAUUGAAUUCUUCACAAAUCAUUCCAUUCCCUUUAUGAAUAUAAGAUGACAUAACAGAUGGCAAUAAAACAGCAGAAUAAAUAUUUAUAAACAGGAGGAAGCACAUCCAUUUUAUGUUGCAAAUUUAUUAGACUUCAAUUCAGGUUUGGUUAAAUGGUUGAAACUACUGCUUUUUGUGAACAAGUUCAACAUGCAAGAACUUCUGAAUCACAAUGUCAGAGAUUUUGCACUUUACAUGCUUUAGGACAUUCAAAAAGGAAAUAUCAGACUCAAACUGUUAAAAACUUUAAUCUCUUGUUCUGUUUAGCAGCUCUCCUGAUGUAAUAUUUGUACAUAUAGUGUUUUAAUGCUGUAAAGCAUGCUUUCAUUCAUAAAUAUAUAUAUAUACAUGUAUUCAGAAUAUCCUAAUUUUUGUGCUUCUCUUAGUCUGAUGUUUGCAUUAUAUCUUAAAAUCAUUUGAAAAUGUCUUGCUUUAUAUCUUUUUAAGAGUUAUCUUGUUAUAUAGUGUAUGUUAUUACAAACACUUUAAUGUAGUCUAUGGUAUGAACAAAAAAUUACAGAAUUAUUUGACAGUUUGUCAAAAUUUAUAUAUUACUGUUAAAUGUUUAAAAGAAACAUGAUAAAAAGUCCAUGUCAUGAGGCUUGUUUGAAAGCUUCAAUUUGUGCAAAAUUCAUAAAGAUUAUAUAUGAUUUCAAUAUGAUUUUUUUCUCGCCUUGACGGAGUCAAAAAGCAAGACAUAGGUAGGCUGUUUCCGGCGGCGUCAACAAUGUAUUAGUUUGUGAUUAGGUCUAGUUCAUGGUGAACCACUAGUGGUAGGUCAAUGAUAUUUGGUAUGCAGUUGUAUUAGCAUUGGCACAUCUCAUUACCAUGGAGAUUAUUUGGCCCCGCCCCCUCAGUCAAGGUCUAUUGACUUUGAAACUUUGCUUAGUUUACAUGUAUUAGUUUGUGAUUAGGUCAGUUUAUAGGGAACCACAAGUAGUAGGUCAAUGAUAUUUGGUAUGCAGUUGUAUAAGCAUUGGCAUAUCUCAUUUCCAUGGAGAUUAUUUGGCCCCUUCCCUCAUUCAUGGUCUAUUGACUUUGAAACUUUUGCUAAGUUUUCAUGUAUUAGUUUGUGAUUUUAGUCAGUUUAAGGGGAACCGUUAGUGGUAGGUCAAUGAUAAAUGGUAUGCAGUUGUAUAAGCAUUAGCACAUCUCAUUUCCAUAUAUUUGGUCCUUACCCCUAAGUCAUGGUCUAUUGACUUUGAAACUUUUGCUUAGUUUACAACAGUUUAAGAUGAACCACUAAUGUUAAGUCAAUGAUAUUCGGUAUGCAAAUGUAUUGGCAUUUGCAAGUUUCUUUUGCAUGGAGAUUAUAUAACCCCACCCCCUAAUUAUGGUUCAUUGACUUUGAAAUUUUACAUAGUUUAUAAGUUAAUGUUUGUGUUUAGGUUUGUUUAAAGGGAAGGAUUUGUGAAAAGUCAAUGGUAUUUGGUUUGCAGUUGUAUUAGCAUUGGCACAUCUCAUUUCCAUGGAGAUUGUUUAGCCCUGUACCUUCAGUCAUGGUUCAUUGACUUUGAAUAUUUACAUAAUUUACAUGUUAAAGUAUUGCUAUUUUAAUUUCAACAUUUGCAUUAUCAAUAUAACAAAUAGGGGAGACAUAUCUCUGUGUUAAAAGUUUUUAAAAUUUAUUUAUAUAAUAUUUCGUAAUCAAACGACAGUGCAUCAUAAGCCUCUAAAGGCUAGUUGGUAUUAAUAUACAUGUUUAUUGACAGUUUGACUAUUAAGACGUAUGUUUAAAAUUGUAAUAUAUUGUAUUUCAUGUACAUGUACCAAGUUGUACUUUAGAAGAAAAAAAAACUAUUUUCCAUAGGAAAAACACACAAAUAGGUGAUACAAAGGAAAAGUAUAUAUAGAGUUAUAAAAGAAAGUUUGAUGGGAUGGUUUUCAUUAAACACUUUGGCUUUUAAACCUUAAAAACUAUGAAAGAAAGAAAGAAUCUCUACACACCAAUAUUUAUCAGCUUGACAAAAUUUACAAAUAAUUCAACAUGACUGAGAUCAUUAGCCCACUCAAUAUAAGAGUUAUUGCCCUUCAAUUACAUUUGUUACCUGUUUUUGGUGAGAACUAAAGCAGACAGAAAGCUUAUUUCUCUUUAAAAAAGAUGUGUAAGAUACCAAGGAGACAUCAAAUCUUUUAAGUCAUAAUUACAAUUUUGUUCACAUUCUCUGUUUUUUGGGGAUAUUAUCUUGAAAACUAUAAUAGAUUUGUUAUUCAAAUUUCUACUAUAAGACAUUACGAAAUGUAUUAUUUAUGGUAAAUGAAAUUUCUUGCAAAUGAGUUGCAUUUAUAUAUAUUAGAGUGUGAAAAAUGAUACCAUUCAUUUGAGAUCCAAAUUUUGCUACAGGAUUUUCUAUCGAUUGGACUACCUUAAUGACAGAAUAACAUCUGAGAAUAAUAAGAAUUAAAAAAAAAUCAUGAUUAUAAAGGGACCAAUUAAUGCUGAUUACAUAAAGUAAUGAUGUAUGAUGUUGAAAUCUCAGUUAUUACAAAUUGACAAUUUUAAAGUUUAUAAUAAAAUUAAUUUGUAUGUUU